AUGGCUUCAGACGACUCACGUACGUCUGAGGAGUAUACGCAGGAGAAAUGGUCCCGCAACAUUGAACAGUCUCACGACUCAGACUCAAUCGGCGAGACCAUCUCCUCGGUCAAUACCCAAAAUGAUCACGAUGCCCUGGGCAAGACCCUCACUGUUCGACCAUCUCGAGCAUCAGACCAUAUGUCUCUCUCACAGCGUGUUACAACUAUCCCAACAAAUAUGACCGCCGACCCAAACUAUGAGGUCGACUGGGAUGGCGAAGAUGACCCUGAAAACCCGAAGAACUGGACCUUACGAUACAAGGCCAUGGGAUUGCUCUUUCUAUCUUGGAACACGCUCAUCGUUGUGCUAUAUUCCACUUCAUAUACAUCUGGCGUUUCUCAAAUCGGCGAAGAGUUCAGCGAAAACUCCACAAUCGUCACUCUCGGCUUGACAUUCUACCUGAUCGGACUCGCAGGCGGCUCAAUGUUCAUGGCCCCGCUGAGCGAGGUCUACGGCCGAAAGCCCGUCUGUGUCAUCUGUCUAUUCCUCUUUACAGUCUUAAUUAUUCCCUGCGCGCUCGCCAAAUCCGUCACGGCUUUGAUUGUCGUCCGCUUCAUCGGUGCUUUCUUCGGCAGUGUGAUGAUUUCCACCGCACCUGGAAUGGUCGCGGAUUUGGUCGACGAUGAACACCGAGCUCUGGCCAUUUCAAUCUGGAGUAUAGGACCACUUAACGGUCCCGUUCUUGGGCCCGUUAUUGGUGGAUUUGUCACACAAUACCUAGGUUGGCGAUGGAUGUGUUGGAUCGCCCUCAUUCUCUCUGCCGUGGCGCUCGUUCUUGCAAUUAUUCUGAAGGAGACCUAUGCGCCUACCUUGCUGCAAAGCAAGGCUGCACGUCUGCGCAAAGAGACUGGCGAUGAGCGCUGGUGGUCGCGCUAUGACCGGAAGGAGAGUCUAUAUGAGAUCUUGAAAUUGAAUCUCAGUCGUCCCUUUGUCAUGGCCGUCACUGAGCCAAUCUGCAUAUUCUGGAAUAUCUACGUCGCUAUCGUUUACGGCAUUCUCUAUCUCUGCUUCACCGCUUAUCCCAUUGUCUUUGGAGAUAUCCGCGGUUGGAGCCUUGGUCUAUCAGGACUGGCUUUCCUGGGUAUCGGCAUUGGCGUGCUGAUUACCAUCGCCUGUGAGCCUCUCGUUCGUCGACUCAUCAACAGCCACGAAAAGGACCCGGAGACAGGAAAAGUCCACCCAGAAUCAAUGGUCUCCUUCGUGUGCAUCUGUUCGAUCCUCAUUCCUAUCGGCGAACUCUGGUUCGCGUGGACCUGUGCCCCAGCCUCAAUUCACUGGAUUGUCCCACUGAUCGCGGGUAUUCCCUUCGGCGCUGGCAAUACGGGUGUUUUCAUCUAUGCGUCCAAUUACCUCACCUACAGCUACGGAAUGUAUGCUGCCAGCGCCCUGGCAGGUAACUCUGUUAUCCGCAGUGUACUUGGUGGUGUGCUUCCGCUGGUUGGAUCAUAUAUGUAUGACAGCUUAGGACCGAAUUGGUCGGGAACCUUGCUGGGUCUGUUGGAGGUUGCUAUUGUGCCGAUCCCCUUUGUGUUCUACAAAUACGGACACAAGAUUCGCAUGAAGAGUAAUCUCAUUGUGCGCAUGCAAGAGGAUAAGAAGAAAUUGGAGGGCAAGCGUGCGAGAAGAGUUGCCGCGCAAGGAACCGCGCCUCCAAAUGACGAGGAGAAGCAGAACGAGGCGAUCUGA